GGCUCCACGUUCGCAGGGCGGCGCGCAGGCCCGUCCCGCCCGGCUCCGGCUCCGGCUCCUCGGUCCUCGGCCCCGCGCCCCGCCGCCGCCAUGGCGCCCCGAGCCCGGCCGUGGGCCCCGCCGCCGCCGCUGCUGCUGCUGCUGCUCUGGGUGAGCGGACACGCGGCGCCCGUGGCCGGCCUGGGCCUCGACCCCGGCGCGGGGCUGCAGCUCGAGCGGCGCUUCGUGCCCGACCGCUGUCCGCGCGCCGUGCGCAGCGGCGACUUCGUGCGCUACCACUACGUGGGCACCUUCCCCGACGGGCGCAAGUUCGACUCCAGUUAUGACAGAGAUUCCACUUUCAAUGUGUUUGUGGGAAAAGGACAACUGAUUGCCGGGAUGGACCAAGCUCUGGUUGGGAUGUGCGUGAAUGAGAGACGUUUUGUGAAGAUUCCCCCAAAUCUGGCCUACGGGAGUGAGGGAGUUUCUGGCGUGAUUCCCCCAAAUUCAGUGCUUCAUUUUGAUGUGCUCUUGAUGGAUAUCUGGAAUUCUGAAGACCAGGUACAGAUUCACACUUACUUCAAGCCCUCCAGUUGCCCUCGAACCAUCCAGGUGUCAGACUUUGUAAGGUACCACUACAAUGGAACCUUCCUGGACGGGACGCUGUUUGAUUCGAGUCACAAUCGCAUGAAGACAUAUGACACGUACGUGGGGAUCGGCUGGCUGAUUCCCGGAAUGGACAAAGGGCUGCUGGGGAUGUGUGUGGGGGAGAGACGGGUCAUCACAGUCCCUCCGUUUCUGGCUUAUGGAGAAGAUGGAGAUGGGAAAGACAUUCCAGGGCAGGCAUCUCUGGUGUUUGAUGUUGCCUUAUUGGAUCUCCAUAACCCCAAGGAUGGCAUUUCCAUUGAGAACAAGGUCAUACCAGAGCACUGUGAGCGCCAGAGUCAGAGUGGAGACUUCCUCAGGUAUCACUACAAUGGCACACUUCUGGACGGCACCUUCUUUGACUCCAGCUACUCACGGAACCGCACCUUUGACACGUAUAUUGGGCAGGGCUACGUGAUUGCCGGCAUGGAUGAGGGCUUACUUGGCGUUUGCAUUGGAGAGAAGCGGAGGAUUGUGGUCCCCCCUCACCUGGGCUAUGGAGAAGAAGGAAGAGGGAACAUCCCUGGCUCUGCCGUGCUGGUGUUUGACAUCCAUGUGAUCGACUUUCACAACCCGUCAGACUCCAUCAGUAUCACCUCCCACUACAAGCCCCCCGACUGCUCAGUGCUGAGCAAGAAGGGGGAUUUCCUCAAGUAUCACUAUAACGCCUCGCUGCUGGAUGGGACCCUGCUGGAUUCCACGUGGAAUCUCGGCAAAACAUAUAACAUUGUUUUGGGAUCUGGACAGGUGGUACUGGGCAUGGAUAUGGGGCUGAGAGAGAUGUGCGUCGGAGAGAAAAGGACGGUGAUCAUUCCUCCCCACCUGGGCUACGGGGAGGCUGGCGUGGAUGGGGAAGUGCCUGGCAGUGCUGUGCUGGUGUUUGACAUCGAGCUGCUGGAGCUGGUGGCGGGCCUGCCCGAGGGCUACAUGUUCAUAUGGAACCAGGAGGUGUCACCUAACCUCUUUGAAGAGAUUGACAAGGACGGCAAUGGAGAAGUCAUCCUGGAAGAGUUCUCAGAGUACAUUCACGCCCAGGUGGCAUCUGGCAGGGGGAAACUCGCUCCUGGCUUUGAUGCCAAAAUGAUCGUGAAGAAUAUGUUCACCAAUCAGGACCGGAAUGCAGACGGGAAGGUCACAGCUGAGGAAUUUAAACUCAAAGACCAGGAGGCCAAACACGACGAACUCUGAGCCCGACGUGAGCCACUUGCACGACACCAAGCCUCCCAUGAUGGCAGAGCGUGUGAGGGCCUGAGGUCUCAGAAGGCACGUGGCCAGCGAGUGGUCAGUGUCCCACGUGUCGCUGGGGCCUUUGUCAGGGGAGGACCAACAUUGGGUGAGAUUGUUCGGUCACGGCCAGAGUUAUCAAACACAUUAGUGCAAGGUGCCUUGAGCAUGGAACGUGCAGGGUAUUGAAAAUCGUUCUGUGAACCUUUUGGGUAGACUUAGUAAAGGAAAAUACAGGAGUGAUAACUAUUUAGAAGGGAGCAGAGGAAAAACAUAUCCAAGAUGUCUAUACAAAAGACUUAAAAAAAAAAAAGGAAGCUUUGCUAGUGUUUUAGGAAUAUUCUCCAGAUAGGCAAGAAAGUGUAUGCUCCAGCUGGAUUUCCAGGAAGCCGUGGUCGGCACAGGCUGUGGCCACACUUAAGUCUUUCUGAUUCCCGCAUCACCACACACUCUAAUCAGCCGCUCACAGAUUUGGAGUCCUCCGGUUGGCAAUGUCACCCCAGUGGCGAAAAAGAAACCCUUAGGCCAAACCACAGGCUUCUCAGUCCCCGAGUAGGGAACUGGAUUCUGCAUUUGCCACACAGAUUGCCUGCUCCCUUUUUUCCUGUAAGCGCACACUCCUGAAUUCUACACAGGCCCUGUUCACAGGGCUAGUGGCUGAGCUGAGCUGAGCUCCGGGAAUGGACGUGUCCUCUCAGCAGGUGACUGUCAAAAGAUGACACCCACAGCCCCUCGCUGGGGCUCUAAAGAGGCUGGUGCCCUGAAGCCUGGGGUCACCCUCUGGCAAGCCAGGAACUGUCCCCCCACUUUGUGCCUUACACCCAGACGUAGCUGCCUUGUGUGCCCGUACCUCAGUCACUGCAGUAAUGAUUUUCCUCUGGCAACUGCUUUACUUGGACUAAUUUAAACUCCUUUUGUACUGAUGUGGCCCCUGAGAUAGUUCAUGAGAACACCAUGCACUCGUUCAGCAGAAUAAAUGUCCGAAAACUGAUUUUUUUUUGGGCAUAUAAAAUAUUGAAUUU